AUGGGCAACAGUUUGGGAGGGAAAAAGAGUGCAAAAGUAAUGAAAAUCAGCGGCGAAACACAAAAGAUAAAGACCCCAGUUCGGGCCGGGUCGAUCCUCGACGCGUGUCCGGGUCACGUCCUGUUGGAGUCGGAGGCGGUUAGGCAUCAGGGCUUGCGAGCCAAGCCGCUUGAGCCGCAGCAGGAGCUGAAGCCGGGUGGGGUGUAUUUCCUGGUCCCGAUGCCAAAGGAUGAUGAGAACAGGGUCGGCGCGAGGAGGGUCAGAUCUGGGAUUCAGAUCAGCGCCAAGGACCGGCUCGAGAGCCUCAUGCUGUCGCGCCGAUCGGCCUCGGAUCUGUCCAACGUGGCGGCAGCGGCGAUCUCGGCGGCGGACAUGGAGGAGAACGGCGGGGUAAGGGUGAGGAUGCGGCUGCCCAAGGCGGAGGUUGAGAGGCUGAUGGCGGAGAGCAAGGACGGGGCCGACGUGGCAGAGAAAAUCGCUAAAUUUUACAUGGCCGCGAAAGGCGGCGCCGAUGGCGAUGGUGGGGACGUCAGAAGGCUCGUCAAAUCUACUCGGGAGAGGAGAGUUGGAUUCAUGCCGGUAAGCGAUAGAGAGAUUCACUACCUUACAACUGCCUCAUAG